AUGCGGUGGGGGGAAGUAGGGAAGCAGGUGGGCGGGGUGAAUGCAGUGGGGUGGGGGGAGGAGGGAAAUAGUUGGUGCGAGGGGGUUAGAGAGGGGUUGCGGAGCAGUGUUGCUGCUGCCGCUCAUCUGCCCUUUCUGCUUUUGGAUGCCAUUCCGUCCCUUCCUCCCUCCCUCCCCCAGGGUCUCAUAUUUGAUGCGAACCAUAACUCACAGCAGGAGCACAUAGACAUGGAUCCGGAAUACAUCGACAACUUUGCCGCUGCCAUGCUCCUGUCAAUGUCAAUUGACAAUGGUGACAAGAGUAGCGACGACAGCGACAGUCAAUCUCCCCUCCCCCCCCACCCCCCGCAUCUCGUCAUCAGCAGCAGCACGUGGACAUGGAUCCGGACGGAUUACAUCAACGAUGACUUUGUCGCUGCCAUGCUCAUCUCAAUGUCAAUUGACAAUGGUGACGAGAGUAGCGAUGACGGCGACAGUCAAUCUCCCACGACGAGUCAAUCUCCCACGACGAGUCAAUCUCCCACAACAAGUUCAGCGCACCCGUACGAUGAGAACGACCUCGCCAGAGACGAGGACCGGCUGAAAAACCCCUCCACCGUUCUCAACCGCGGCGGAUCCUUCUGUUGUCCUUUCUGUCCGGAGCCCACGUACCAGCGGUACAGCCUUGACGAGAUCAACGCACACGCGGAAGAACAGUCAAUCGCCGGGUGUUCCUCCGCAGAUCCCAAUGGCACGAGGGAAGGGGCCAAGGAGAGUCGUCAGCACAAGCUGCUGUUGGAUCGGCUGUCGCAGCUGGAUCUACAGCCGGGGGAGGGGGAGCCUGUUGGGACUGUAAGCGCCGCCCGGCCUCUACUGCGCCUCAGAAAAAUGCCUCUGUACAAUUCACACUGUCCCUCCCUUCCCCUCUCCUCCCCUCUCUGCCCUCUCCCCCCCUCUCUGCCCUCUCCUCCCCUCUCUGCCCUCUCCCCCCCUCUCUGCCCUCUCCCCCCCUCUCUGCCCUCUCCCCCCCUCUCUGCCCUCUCCUCCCCUCUCUGCCCUCUCCUCCCCUCUCUGCCCUCUCUCCCCUCUCUGCCCUCUCUCCCCUCUCAGCCCUCUCUCCCCUCUCAGCCCUCUCUCCCCUCUCUGCCCUCUCUCCCCUCUCUGCCCUCUCUCCCCUCUCUGCCCUCUCUCCCCUCUCUGCCCUCUCUCCCCUCUCUGCCCUCUCCCCCCUUUCCUCCCCUCUCUUCCCCGGUCCUCCCCUCUCCGCCCCACUCGUCUCCUCAGUUGCCAGAAGCGACCAAACAGGAAGCGAUGAAGCUGGUGCCGUCGGGGGGGAAAAAGCGGGUGAAGGCGGGGGAAAAGGCGGCAUGUCCUCCCCAGGAGCAGGAGCAGGAGCGGGGGGGUAAGCGGGUGAAGGCGGGGGGGGGGAAGCAGGAGCAGGAGCGGGGGGGUAAGCGGGUGAAGGCUGGGGGGAAUAAGGGGGAGCAGGAUCGGGAGGAUAAGGGGGACCAUGAGCGGGAGGAGAAGCAGCGGCAGCUGAUGCGAAGUUUGAGAUUUUUCAAAAGUCGCACCAAGAGGGACCAUGAACGGGAGGAGAAGCAGGAGCAGGAGGGGGAGGAAAAGGAGCGGCAGGAGCGGGAGGAGAAGGAGCGGCAGGAGCGGGAGGAGAAGGAGUGGCAGUUGAUGCGACUUUUUUUCAAAAGUCGCACCAAGAAUUCUCAAAAGUCGCACGAGGAUAACGGGGACCAUGAACGGGAGGAGAAGCAGGAGCAGGAGGGGGAGGAAAAGGAGCGGCAGGAGCGGGAGGAGAAGGAGCGGCAGGAGCGGGCGGAGAAGGAGCGGCAGGAGCGGGAGGAGAAGGAGCGGCAGUUGAUGCGACGUAGUUUUUUCAAAAGUCGCACCAAGAAUUCUCAAAAGUCGCACGAGGAUAACGGGGACCAUGAACGGGAGGAGAAGCAGGAGCAGGAGGGGGAGGAAAAGGAGCGGCAGGAGCGGGAGGAGAAGGAGCGGCAGGAGCGGGCGGAGAAGGAGCGGCAGGAGCGGGAGGAGAAGGAGCGGCAGUUGAUGCGACGUAGUUUUUUCAAAAGUCGCACCAAGAAUUCUCAAAAGUCGCACGAGGAUAACGGGGACCAUGAACGGGAGGAGAAGCAGGAGCAGGAGGGGGAGGAAAAGGAGCGGCAGGAGCGGGAGGAGAAGGAGCGGCAGGAGCGGGCGGAGAAGGAGCGGCAGGAGCGGGAGGAGAAGGAGCAGCAGGAGCGAGAGGAGAAGGAGCGGCAGGAGCGGGAGGAGGAGCAGCGCCUGUCGGAUCGUGUAAAGAAUGUUAACGAGAAGUAG